CUCCUGCACCUCUGCAGCCGAGAAGGAGAUGGGAGGAGCAGAGCAAAGGGAGAAGCAGUACCGAGCCCAUCGGGGAUUUGGGGAUCGUCGCAGUGGGGUCAUCAGUGCCCGAACAUAUUUCUACGCUGAUGAGGCCAAGUGUGACCAGCACAUGGAGACUUUCCUCCGCUGCAUCGAUGCCUCAAGUGGCAGCUCAGAGGACGGCUUCUCAGCCAUCAAGCUGACGGCGCUGGGCAGACCUCAGUUCCUGCUGCAGUUCUCGGAAGUGCUGGUGAAGUGGCGGAGGUUCUUCCACCAAAUGGCCGCGGAACAGGGCCAGGCUGGGUGGGCAGCACUGGAGAUGAAGCUGGAGGUGGAGAAGCUGCAGGAGGCCCUGGCCAACCUCGGCAUCGCAACCAAGGCGGAGAGCCAGCACUGGUUCACAGCCGACAGCCUGGGCGUGAGCGGCACUGUGGACCUGCUGGACUGGAACAGCCUGAUCGACAGCCGCACCAAGCUCUCCAAACUGCUGCUCGUCCCCAACAUGCAGACAGGGCAGCUGGAGCCUCUGCUCUCGCGCUUCACUGAGGAGGAGGAUCUGCAGAUGAAGCGGAUGCUACAGCGGAUGGAUGUCCUUGCCAAGAGAGCCUCGGAGAAGGGCGUGAGGCUGAUGGUGGAUGCAGAGCAGAGCUACUUCCAGCCAGCUAUCAGCCGCCUCACCCUGGAGAUGCAGCGCCGCUUCAACAGGGAUCGGGCCAUCAUCUUCAACACCUACCAAUGCUACCUGAAGGAGGCUUACGACAACGUGACAGUGGACGUGGAGCUGUCACGCCGGGAGGGCUGGCACUUCGGCACCAAGCUGGUCCGUGGCGCCUACAUGGAGCAGGAGCGGGAGAGGGCGGCCCAGAUUGGCUAUGAGGAUCCCAUCAACCCCACCUACGAGAAGACCAACGAGAUGUACCACAGGUGCCUGGACUAUAUCCUGGAGGAGAUCAAGCACAGCCGGAAAGCCAGCGUGAUGGUGGCAUCUCACAACGAGGACACGGUGAAGUUCACCCUGCGCAGGAUGAUGGAGCUUGGGAUCCAUCCCUCGGAGAAGAAGGUGUCCUUCGGGCAGCUGCUGGGCAUGUGUGACCAGAUCACCUUCCCCCUGG